GAUCCCGUCCUCUGCAACUCACCCUCCCUCCUUCCCCCGCCGCGCCUCGACACAUCUAGUCACAUCUAGUCACAUCUCGCACACGACACCAUGGACCGACCUCAAGUGUCCAUUCCUCCCGCUGCGAAUGUACUCGGGACAAUCGGAACUGCUGUUGGUGUGUACAGAUUAUCCCACAAAUAUGGCACAACUGGCGCCGAAAGAGCACAGAGGGUCUGCCAGGAUCCAUGCUCAUCCUCUGGUCGAUAUAACUUCAACUUUGCGCUCAAAUUCCAACCUCAAGCAUUCGCCAGUCUCACGCUCAUUUCUUGGGGUCAGACACUCUACUAUCACAACAAAUGGCGAGUGUGGACAGCCACCCUUGCGACCAUUGCCCUAGCCGCCAGCUUCGGGCUUAUGGAGCUGAUUCUUAUCCUCACUCUGCGUGGUCCCUAUAGCCGAGGCGUCGAAUGGCCCAUGAUGCUCAUGGCCAUCUUAGCAACCAUCAUCCAAGUCGCCGGCUUGAUCCCCCCUUUCUUCGAACUGGCAAAGCGCAAUGGAAGAGUCAUUGGAAUCGACUUUUGGUUUCUCACUAUUGAUUACGCUGGUGCCUUCUUCUCGCUCAUGGCUCUUGUUGCACAGCAAUGGUUCGAUGCCCUUGGUGGUAGUCUCUACAUUUCUUGCAUGCUACUUGAAACCGGUAUCUUUGCUUCGCAAGCCAUCUGGCUCUGGCGCGUUCGCCAUAUACGCGCCGAAGCCAAGAAGGCUGGAAAGACGUAUGACGAAUACAUCGCCGAGAACCCGAGCAAGAAACUAUUCGCCAGCGAAUCCUCGGAAACUUUUGUCGACGUCGAAGCUGGUAACGAGAAGCGAUCAGCGAGCACAUGCACCGAGAAGACGGCCAUAAGUCAACAUGAGCAUAUGCUAGCUACACCCAGCGACGCUACACCGAAGGACGCAACGGCAACAUCGCCGGAAGCACUUCAACAGCCACCAGCUGCUGUCUUAAAGCCCAGCGGGUCUGGUCCAUCAUAAUCAUUCAAGCUUUGUAUUACUUGAACAAACUUUCGGCGGCUACACCUUGGUAAUCUUUUUUAAAACCUUUUUCCUCGGCCAGGAAAUAAAACACAUAGGCCCAGCGAGUCCGAGAAUAGCUUGGGCUAUCUUGUUUUCAUUUAACUUUCAUUUUAUUCCGGGUAUUUGCAAAGCAAAAAGGAUGCACACGACACAUGUACGAACAAUACAUAAUUUCUGGGACUUGGGUGGAGGUAUUUUGGCGUUAUGACAUGGAUAUUUAGGGUAUCAUUACAGCGUGGCAGGGCCAAAAAAGUUCAUAUUGCCUGGGAAAAGCUGGAACAGGGGUAAUUGAUCCAUCAAUCAAGCACAAGGCAAUGAAAUAAAAGUUUAAUUGCUCGUCGGCUUGGCUA